AUGUUGAGCACUUCUCGGCCUGUCAUACAAUGCCAAAAUCACCUCUUCGACUGGGCAGAAUAUAUGGACCUGAAGUCCUGGUCUCAGCUCAAAGGUCUAUUUGCGCCAAAGAUCACGAUUGACUACACGUCGGUUGGACGCGCCCAACUUUCAUUGGUACCACGGGCAACCUUUGUCCAAGUCCUUUCAAGCCCCGGCAAACUGGGAAAUCCUGGGGUAGUUACACAACAUUUAAUUGGGACAUGCAGAUGCUUAAAGCUAUCUGAGAAUAAGCCAAAGGACAAGUUUCAGAUCAAAGCCGCGCAUUUGAGGAAAUCGGAUACAGAUGAUGGGAAUGUGGUUGAUAAUGCGAAUGCAUACAGUAUCAACACGUUUGAAUUCGAGCUCAAGGAGGAAGGCUGGAAGAUCGUGUCAAUCACAGUAAUGGCGAGGUCAAUGGAGGGUGAUUUUAUGGAUAUUUUCAAGAGCAAGAUUUAA